UCUGAGGCAUUUUUUUCAUUAAAAUUUCAUUCAUGUCCAACUAGUAAUUUUGCCUCCCUAGCCAUUAUUCACCAACACCACCAUGCAGCUGAACAAGCUCUGCAUCAUUUUACCUGCAGACUUUGAUGAAAUAAACCAAUCUUCAUCGGAUAACAAAAACUUCAAAAAACCCGCAAAAGAAGAGGCCAAAAAACAUUCAAACAGAAGCUGUGGGAGCCAAAUUGUUGCUCUGAUCAAGGAUUCUCUAUCUGGUCUCUAUGAAUCCAAAUGGGUCAGAUUUUGUCACCAUGAAAGAUCAAGAAAACAUCGUAAUAAGUCGGGUGUGUUUCAUGACACAGAUGGAAUACAACUCGCAGACAAGGUUGGUGGGGACAAUCCCAGGAUCUUCAGCUAUUCUGAGCUUUACAUAGGAUCCAAUGGCUUUAGUGACAAUGAAGUUCUUGGGAGUGGAGGUUUUGGCAAGGUUUACAAGGCAGUUUUGCCGAGCGAUGGAACCGCGGUUGCUGUGAAAUGCUUGGCUGAGAGAGGAGAGAGGUUCGAGAAGACUUUUGUGGCUGAGCUUGCUGCUGUGGCUCACCUACGCCAUAGGAACCUUGUGAGGCUUAGAGGGUGGUGUGUUCAUGAUGAUCAUCAGCUUUUACUUGUCUACGACUACAUGCCUAACCGCAGCCUUGAUCGAAUACUUUUCAAGAAACCCGAGAACACGGGAUCACCACCACUUCUGAGCUGGGAUCGCCGCAGGAAAAUUGUCAAUGGAUUGGCUGCAGCCCUUUUCUAUCUCCACGAGCAGCUCGAGACGCAGAUCAUUCACCGGGAUGUGAAGGCGAGCAAUGUCAUGCUCGAUUCUCAUUACAACGCGAGGCUCGGCGACUUUGGCUUGGCCAGGUGGUUGGAACAUGAGCUUGAGAUUGAGUUUGAGCAUCACGAAGCCGUGACACCUUCAUCAAUGAAAGAUCACCGGUUUAGGCUGGCUGAGACAACAAAAAUCGGAGGCACCAUAGGUUACCUGCCGCCUGAGAGCUUCCAACGAAGGAGCAGGAGCGUUGCCACCGCAAAAUCGGAUGUUUUCAGCUUCGGGAUUGUGGUUCUGGAGGUGGUGUCGGGUCGGAGGGCGGUGGAUCUCACGUAUGAUGACGACCAAAUCAUUCUGCUGGAUUGGAUUCGGAGGCUAUCGGACGAGAGAAAGCUUUUACAAGCAGGGGAUACUCAGCUGCAAGACGGAUCUUAUGGCCUUUCUGAUAUGGAGCGUUUGAUCCAUAUUGCUUUGCUUUGCACACUCCACAAUCCGAAAUUAAGGCCAAAUAUGAAGUGGGUUGUGGAAGCACUUUCUGGGAAUUUACAUGGAACACUUCCACCCUUGCCUUCAUUUCAGUCUCAUCCUCCAUACGUCUCUUUGUCCUCUCCAACCAAUACAAGCUCAAGCAAUGGCAAUUCGACCACCACAACAAUAACAAUCACCACAACAUCCACUUCUGUUUCAUCGAAUUUUAUGACGGCCAAAGAGGAAACAAUCUACGCAACAGCUGAGAACGGAACCAGUGAUGCAACCAACAAUUCUCGGGGAAGCUUCCAAAACAGAGCGAGUUUUUUUCCCAUGGUCCAAACUCCGAGACAAAUAUCCUUUGCAGAGCUCGUCUCCGCCACGGAUAACUUCUCUGACUUGAGAAGGAUGGCAGAGCUUGACUUUGGAACUGCCUACCAUGGCUUCCUCAACAACCGUCAACACAUUCUUGUCAAACGCCUUGGCAUGAAGACGUGUCCUGCCCUGCGGGUGAGAUUCUCAAAUGAGCUGCAAAACUUAGGAAGGCUGAGACACCGGAACUUGGUGCAGCUCCGUGGAUGGUGUACCGAGCAAGGGGAAAUGCUUGUUGUCUAUGAUUACUCGGUGAAUCGCCUUCUAAGCCACUUGCUUUUCCACUAUGGCAAUAGAGCUGGCUAUUCUAUCCUGCAGUGGCAUCACAGAUACAACAUCCUCAAAUCACUGGCUUCUGCUAUUCAUUAUCUUCAUGAGGAAUGGGAUGAACAAGUUAUUCAUAGAAGCAUUACCUCUUCUGCAGUCAUCAUUGAUUCAGACAUGAAUCCGAGGCUUAGUUCUUUCGCUCUUGCUGAAUUUUUGGCACGAAAUGAGCAUGGCCAUCAUGUAGUGAUUGACAGAAAAAAAUCAGUUCAUGGGAUUUUCGGUUACAUGUCACCGGAGUACAUACUAUCAGGCGAGGCAACCACAACGGGUGAUGUUUAUAGCUUUGGCGUGGUGAUGCUUGAGGCGGUUAGUGGACAGAUGGCGGUGGACUUCCGACAGCCUGAAGUGCUGCUGGUGAAGAGAGUUCACGAGUUUGUGUCACGAAACAGACCGUUGGAGGAACUAGCAGAUAUUCGAUUGAAUGGAGAGUACAAUCACAAAGAACUGAUCAGACUGGUAAAAUUGGGAAUUGAAUGCACAGGAUCUGAUCCCAAAUCAAGACCAAGCAUGAGGCAGAUUGUUGAUAUACUCGACGGGAACGACCAGUGCUUCACGGAAUGCCGGAAAAUUGAGACUAUUGAAGAAUGGAAACAAGUGAAUGCUGCUUCUCUGUCCUUAGUUAAGAGAAUACAAGCUCUAGGAAUACAAUGAAAAUCUUGACGUAAUAUGAUAGGACGUGAAAUAUAAACUAUGUAAACAAUGCUUUUCAGAAU